AUGCAGAGGGUGCGGCUGCUGGUGGGCGCUGACCGCCUGCUCUGCACGGCGCGCCGCUGCCUCAUGGGGAGGAGUAACACGGCGCUAAGCGGCCACGUGCCUUCGCCCGGCAGCGGCGGCUUCGUCGUGCGGGAGGCGAUUGCGCCGGAGAUGGUGACAAUUGAGCUGCUGCCCGCCGCGGAGGAACACUGUGGCCACGCAGGCGAAGGCAGCGACACUAGUGGCGGGGUGGGCCGUGCCGCCGCGAACUCCCACCGCCGCGGUGGCGAGGCGAGUUGGCGCAGCGGUGGUGGUGGCACGCAGGUUGCAGGUGAACACCUGCGGCAGAAGCACUACUGGGAUGUCACGAGCAUUGACAACUUUGCGAAGAGCCGCGUGCUCAACUACGUCCGCCGAACAGGGAACCGCUCUGCAGACGUGUUUGAAGUGAGCGCGGAGCCGAUGCUGGGAAGGACGGUGUACCGUGCACGAUGCAAGCUGGUCCUCCCCUCACCGCACCACUUCUACGUGGCAGAGGGCGUCGGCGAGGAUGAGAAGGACGCGGAGCUGCUGGCCGCGAUGCACGCGGAGCGGGUGUGUGACGCGUUGGGUGUUCCGCUCUUCCGACUGUCGUCCAUGCAGCAGAAGUACGCGGAGAAUGUCCGGCGCCAGGGUCGCUACGCACCGAUGCCGGGCGAUCCAAUCAAACCGGAGAACACAAUCGCCCCGCCACCGCUGCGUAUGCUGACGGCGGCGCCCGAGGGCAGCGGUGCCGCCGCCGCCGCCGCCGCCGCCACUGACGCCGCUGAGGCCUCAUCCUUCUUUUCCACCACCAUCGCAGAGGCAGAGAUCAUCACCGACACGAGUGUGACGGGCAAACGCAGGCGAUGCACGUCAAAGCUGUCACUGGAGCAACCCCCACCGGCUGCGGCUCCCACGGCUCCCACGGCUCCCGUUGAUGCCACCGCUGCGAAUGGCACAACGACAGCCCUGGACGCUCUUCAGGCAGACGGUAGCGGGGAACCGCCGUAUCACGCCACGGUGCACUAUCCGUGGCAUUCCCCCGCUGCGCCGGGCAGUCAUGGGGGAGUCGCGGCGACGGGAGGAGGAACGACGGCGGCGAUGGGCACCGCCGUCCCUUUUGACCCAACGGAGGGGGGCAUGUGGCAGAUGGUGAAUGCGAACUCCACACGGUGUUCCCCCUCGCAGGAUGCCCUGCUACUUCCGUGUGUGUACGAGACGACGGCGUACGAGCGGCUGAAGGAUCACUUUCUGCAUCAAGGCAUGACGCUGAAGGACCGCAUCACUAUUUCUCACGUGGCCGUGCCUGGCCACUCCGCUAGAAUGUAUGUGGCAGAGCUGCGUCUUCAUGACGCCAUCGUCGCCCGUGGAAAGGCGCAAACCAAAGAGUGUGCGGAACACCUUGCCGCGAUGCAUGCGGAGUUGUUGCUGGACGCCCUUGCGCGGCCUUUGUUUCCGCAGGACGACGCGCGGCAGGCGAGACAUGCGACGGCGGUCGAAAGGUUUGGCCGGUGGGCACCGAAUCCAAUCACCGGGGACACGCAGCACCCGCGGCCGCAUGACGCGCUGCCGCUCCCGCUGAAGCAGCAGGUUGGCGGUGAUGAGGUCUGGCUUGACCCGCAAAUGCUGCGACGCUACACUUAUCAGCGCAGCCUCGGGGAGCGCCUCAUUGCGGCGCACAAUGAGAUAAACAACUACUGCGGUGAUUACAUUGAGUCCAAUCCUGAUCCCGGUCUCCUUGCUGAGUCGCGGAAAGCCCUGGAAGCGUGGCAGCGUGAGGUUGCCCGCAACCCACACCCCGACCUGUUUGUUAUCACGCGCAUGGGCGAACAGUUCCGUGCUAGCACGCUGCUGCCGGUGCCCAAAGUGUUUGGCGUUCGCGGAGGUAAUGCGGUGGGCAAGACGAUGGAGCAGUCGAUGGAUCUCUGCGCCCUGCACGCGGUGGAUACACUCUGCGCGCUGGGAAUUCCGCUCUUUCCGGACCCCUCGCGGCAGCGCGCGUUUCUGGAGCAGCGACGACGCAUGGGCCUGGUGACGGUGGAAGACAUGGCGAGGCUGCCGUCAAGCAAAGGGCUUGUCGCCAUUCCGGCCCCCUCCUUGGCGGCGGCGGCCUCCAAAGCCCCGUCCCCGGAGAGGAGUGCACGGCCGCCGUACCUUCCUGGGUACAUGGUUGAAGGCAACCAACCACGCCCGCUGCCUCACAUUGCGGACACGCUGUGCAUCUUGCACCUCCGCAUCCCCGAGGACUUUGACGUCUACGGUGAGAAGCUGAGCGAUGAGGCCAUCAUUGAGGCAGGCAACGAGGCAAAAGUCUGCGUGCAGAACUACCUGCGCCACCACCUGCCGAGGAACAGCAACGUAAAUGCGUCUGUGUACAUCACCGGCUACGGCAGACAAGUGAGUGUGCAUAACAUUGCGUACCUGCCGCUUGUGCUCCCCAGUGCGGGACGUCCCGCCCCCGAAGGAGCCACAAAUGCGAAGAAGAAGAAAAAGUCUAACAACUCCGCUGCGGAUGCGCCAGAAGGGGGUGAUAAUACUAAAGGGGGAGACGCCACAUCUUCUGAUUCUUCUUCUUCCGCUGCUGCUGCUGCUGCUGCCGCCGCGACCAAUGGCACCAACGAUGAGGGUAACAAUAGUCGCAGUGGCUGUGUUGCGGCAGUUUCACAGUCGCGCGAGGCUGAGGACACGGAGGACACGGUGCAGAAGGCCACGGAGCGUCUGUUGGCGGUCGGCAUCUCGCUCAAGAAGAAGGAUGCGGAGAGGAUGUGCUACCUGCAUGCUGUGGAAAUUCUCCGCGGCUUGGGUCAAGACGUGCUCUCCAACUACCGGGCAGGGCUCCCGCGCCGCAAGCAGCCGCCCGCAACACCGCAGCCACCCACCACGUCAACGCCGCCUCGGGCAGGAGGUGGUGGAGCGACCACCGCGCAGGAUGGCGGCGGCGGCUUUGCGAGGGACAAGCUUCAGCCGGAUAAUGCGACGCCCGAGAAGCCAUCGACGCCGAGGCCGUAUAUGCAUAGGCUCAUGAAGCAUUUUAUUACAAGUGGGCGGCAUUACACGCCUCCAAAAAGGCGUUUUCAGCCCGGCCCCAACUCGCCUUUUUGA